GUCACUUGUCUGUCUUAGGUGAGUCCUGUGGGCGAGAUGAUCAACCGAAUCCUUUGGCCUAGAAGGAGCGAACAUCUUCAACCGCAGCACCCCCAGCGCCGGGCGCCUGCCGGCCGCGCCCACGCCAGUUCCCGCCCCCAGUGCCACCCACCGCAGGCCGAGGGUUGCUCUCCGGGUCACGGUAAGAAAGCUCCAGCACCGCUGAAACUUUCGUCCCUGCAUCCUAAGAGGUGGACGCCCAGGUCCCAGGGGCGGUCCCGGAAGUGACGCAGGGACGCGCCCUCCAUUUUGUGGCACGCCAGACUGCUAAGUGCGUCAGUUGUGGAGAGACGUAGAGGAGUUAAGUCCUGGUCUGUGUGGAGGCAGACGACUCCGUCGCAGACUACGGACCUCUCUGGGUCUCAGCCGCCAAAGAUCCUGUCCGGAAAUACUAGCCGGACAUCAUGAGUGGCUGUCGAGUAUUCAUCGGGAGGCUAAAUCCGGCGGCCAGGGAGAAAGACGUGGAAAGAUUUUUCAAGGGUUAUGGACGAAUAAGGGAUAUUGAUCUGAAAAGAGGCUUUGGUUUUGUGGAAUUUGAGGAUCCGAGGGAUGCGGAUGAUGCUGUAUAUGAACUUGAUGGAAAAGAACUCUGUAGUGAAAGGGUUACUAUUGAACAUGCUCGGGCUCGGUCUCGAGGUGGAAGAGGUAGAGGACGAUACUCUGAUCGUUUUAGUAGUCGCAGACCUCGAAAUGAUAGACGAAAUGCUCCACCUGUAAGAACAGAAAAUCGGCUUAUAGUUGAGAAUUUAUCCUCAAGAGUCAGCUGGCAGGAUCUCAAAGAUUUCAUGAGACAAGCUGGGGAAGUAACCUUUGCGGAUGCACAUCGACCUAAAUUAAAUGAAGGGGUGGUUGAGUUUGCCUCUUACGGUGACUUAAAGAAUGCUAUUGAAAAACUUUCUGGAAAGGAAAUAAAUGGGAGAAAAAUAAAAUUAAUUGAAGGCAGCAAAAGGCACAGGUCAAGAAGCAGGUCUCGAUCCCGGACCAGAAGUUCCUCUAGGUCUCGUAGCCGAUCUCGUUCCCGUAGUCGGAAAUCUUAUAGCCGGUCAAGGAGCAGGAGCCGGAGCCGGAGCAAGUCCCGUUCUGUUAGUAGGUCUCCCGUGCCUGAGAAGAGCCAGAAACGUGGUUCUUCAAGUAGAUCUAAGUCUCCAGCUUCUGUGGAUCGCCAGAGGUCCCGGUCCCGAUCAAGGUCCAGAUCAGUUGACAGUGGCAAUUAAAACUGUAAAUAACUUGCCCUGGGGGCCUUUUUUAAAAACAAACAAAUUCCCAAACCAUACUUGCUAAAAGUUCUGGUAAGUAUGUGCUUUUCUGUGGGGGUGGGGUUUGGAGGGGGGUUGGGUUGGGUGGAUAUCUUUGUAGAUGUGGACCACCAAGGGGUUGUUGAAAACUAAUUGUAUUAAAUGUCUUUUGAUAAGCCUUCUGCUCACAUUUUUGUGAAUGUCUGAAGUAUAUAGUUUGUGUAUAUUGCCAAGAGCUCUUUUAUAACUAAAGCAAAUUUAAUUUUUUUGUACUAGAAAAAAAUUUGAACAUUUUAAUUUCCUGAUUAUUCAAAUGUGUUAAUUCUGAAUUAGUUUAAUGCCUCAGUUAAACUAAUUAAUAGCUUUGGAUACGUAAAAGAGCUCUAAAUUUGCUUGUAUAUAAAGGCUUAAUUUGAGUUUUCUUUGUUUAGGGUCAAGGGUGUCCUCCCACUCACCCUUUUAAAAAACAGCUGCAGGACAGACACAUAAAAAGCAGCUGUUUGUUAUUGAUAAUAAAAUAUUAUAAAACUGC